CAGGUUCUAGUAAAACACAUCGGAGCUAUAAAGCUGGUUAGGUGUGGAAGAGCGCACUGCUCACACUGCUGAAAUCCGACUAAUUUCUCUCCCAGGGAAAUUUAGCGACAAGAGCGCAUCAUGAACAAUGAAAGCGUCCAGCCGGGUGUGUAUGACUUCAGAGGAUCUGCCGCACAGAAGUGUGUGUAGUGUGGUGAUUUGGUCAGCAGAUGAGGAGAGCAGGAGCACCAGGCCUUGGACUUUAGAGCAUCUUGUCUUAUCUUACACCACAUCCAGGUGUUGAAACAAAAUGACCGAAAAGACGGCUCCUUGGUGGAGAUCCUUCGUGGGAAAGAGAAGGAAAGCUGCCAGAGAAUCAGCAUCGAUCCUGGAGCAGGACCUAGCAGCUUACGUGGCCACCGAAUCCAACCAACAAGCCGUGUCUAUCUCCAGCACUCCGGAGCAGAGCAACAUCCGAGUGACCACCUCUCAAGCAGCAGGAGGACAAGCCUCUGUAGCCGAUGACACUUACGACGACUCAGUCGUGCAGCCGACAUUCAGCGAGAGCGCAAACCGCCGCAACCUGCGCGUGUCACGCUCGGGCCGCUUCAAGGAGAAACGCCGUACACGCGUGGGCCUACCAGACCAGUACGACAGCAGCACAGAGAGGGCAGAGCCACAAAGCAAAGGCAACAUGAACUAAACAUGUAGUUAAGAUUGGAUUAAUACUUAGAACAUGCAAAUGACUGUGAUCAGCCACCAUCAGUGUAUUGUGUAAUAGUGUAUUGUGCAGCUGGUUAGCUGCACAUGUGAUGGUAAAACACAUCCGAGCAGCUAAAAGUAGGACGUGACUUAAAUAAGCUGAGUAAUGCCCUCCAUUUUCACUGUGUGGAACUGAGUUGCACUGAAAUGAUUAAGCCUUGAGGGACACAGUAUCAGGGCUUGAGCUUGUUCCGAAAUGAAGAUGAGGCUGGUUUAUUUCUCUAUCUGUGACAGACACAGAGCAGGACACAAGCACACGUUCUCUUAGAGAUGAAGUUUUAACUGUUUAGUUCACUUUCUAUUUCUAUUUUGGAAUUUAAAUAUUAUAUGAAGGAUUUUAUGUAAUGUAUAUAUUCAUUAAGAUGGUUGAACGAUUGCACUCUAAAAAAACAAAAAAAGGGGGUUUGUGAAGAUUACUAUUUUUGCUGCUUACAGGGAAAUGAAGUUUAUAUAUGAUAUUUUGUUACACACAGAUUUUUAGAAACCACAGAGAGAACACAGAGCUUUAAACAUGAUAAAAACUGGAUGGACGUUACUGGAUGGAAGAACCUCUCUAGACAUAGAUAAUGAAGGAGAUGAUUGAAUUUGAAUGGAGCUGGAUGAGAUUAGGAACAGUGCGGUAGAAUGUACCGUAGCACAGACAUGAUAUAAAGAUCAGGGUUAAAGGAGAUUACAGGGAGUACAGAAGGAAUUUUCCUAUUUUUAGAUUCACAGUUAAAUAUGGGUUUUAAACACUUGAAGAAAUUAAAAUACAAAUCUGUUCUUCUGACCAGGUUUUUAAAAUGCAGCAUGACACUGUAAAUAAAGAGAUCUAAAUAAUGAAUGCAAAUUCUGAUGUUAAUCCCAGUAAAAAAACAAACAAACACAAAAACAGUACAGGUCACUGCUCAUGUAUGUGAAGACGUAAUUACAGUGCAGGGUGGAGCAGCCAGGCCGUCAGAGCUACUGCAGGUACGGUGUGCUGUAGUUUUAGUCACCUAGCUCCAGGCUGAGAUCUUUAGGCCUGACAAGUCCUGUGUCACAGCAUUCUCUCUC